GCCACGUUCUCUCUCUUCCUCGUGCCAGCCCACCAAAACCAGGCGCCCCCUCACUCUCUCUCUAUGUCUCACCGUCUUUCUCCUCACGUCCCCCUUUUAAAAUCUCUCUCCAAGCACUCUAAUCAUUUGAGCUGGAAGAAGAGAAAACUGAAGAGGGAUCUCCCUUCCUCUCUACCUCUCUAGGGUUUAUUCUUCUCUGAUUUCGCAUCACGGAAUCCAUAUAUCCAAACCCAGAGCUCAUUCGGGCUUGUGUUGGCACUCAAUCCUGGGAUCCAUCUCCACUUGCGGAAUCCUGGAGGAUCGCCGCGCCAGAAUCUAAUCCGAUUUCCCUUGUUGUUGCCAUAAAUCAAGAAAAGAAAAGGUUCGAGUUGAUUGGAAUCUCCGUCUUUUUAGACGUAGCCAGGUCAUCGUCGACCAUUUUAGAUGGUAUGCAAUGCUGGCUUAAGGAAUGUCAUUGUUCGAGUGGGGAAUCUGAGCGAUUCCAGAUCCGCAGGGGAGAGGAAUUUCGAGGGUCCUGGUUGGAAAUUUGAUCCAAGAUUGGGCGUGAGGUGUCAUCCCAAGCCCCGGAAAUUUAGGGCAAUCCUAAAGAUGAUGGUGGAUUCAGGUGCUGUGGCAGAAGCUGGAGCUGCCGCCAACGUCUUGCCUGAAAAGGAUCACGUCCAAGAUGGUGAUUAUGUCAGUGGAGGAUGGAUAAGCAAGGAUGGAAAACUGAGUUGUGGAUAUUCAAGCUUCAGGGGGAAAAGGGCAACCAUGGAGGACUUUUAUGAUGUAAAAUCAUCUAAAAUUGAUGGACAAACAAUUAAUCUCUUUGGCAUAUUUGAUGGUCAUGGCGGUUCACGUGCUGCUGAAUAUCUGAAGCAGCAUUUAUUCGAGAACCUCAUGAAGCACCCACAGUUUAUGACAGACACCAAACUUGCUAUAAGCGAAACAUAUCAAAAAACUGAUUCAGACUUCCUGGAUGCUGAAAGCAAUACUUUGAGAGAUGAUGGUUCUACCGCUUCAACAGCAGUUCUGGUUGGCAACCAUUUAUAUGUAGCAAAUGUUGGAGAUUCACGCACUGUAGUAUCAAAGGCAGGAAAAGCAAUUCCACUCUCAGAUGACCACAAGCCAAAUAGAAGUGAUGAGCGCAAGAGAAUCGAGAAUGCCGGGGGAGUUGUUAUGUGGGCUGGUACUUGGAGGGUAGCAGGUGUAUUGGCAAUGUCACGUGCAUUUGGUAACCGCCUUCUAAAACAGUUUGUUGUGGCCGAGCCUGAGAUUCAGGAACAAGAGGUUAAUGAUGAAUUGGAGCUCCUUAUUUUGGCUAGUGAUGGGCUGUGGGAUGUGGUACCAAAUGAGGAUGCUGUUUCACUUGCAAGAAUGGAAGAGGAGCCAGAGGCUGCAGCUCGGAAGCUGACAGAGACUGCCUUUGCACGUGGAAGUGCGGACAAUAUAACAUGCAUUGUUGUAAGAUUUCACCAUGACAAAAUGAAUGUAGAUUCUCCUUCCCCUUCAGCCGCUGAUCAGAAUUGAUAUAUUUUGAUUUUAAAUUAUCUACCCUGUAUGGACCUCAAGCUGGAUGCCUGCAAUUAUAGCAAGGCGGACGGCCGCUUGUAUGUUCCUUUGGUUGUCGUGACCAUACUUGCUUUUGGGAUGCUUGUCAAUAUAUUUUGUUGCUAAAGUUAGCGACCAAGUCAUCUGGACAUUGCCGGAUGGUCACUGGGUCCUUCCUUCCUUCCUUGCUUUCUUUCUUCCAAUUAGGUACAUCUUCAUUUUGGUCCCAGGAAUUCUUGAUCCUGUACUCAGGUUGCCCAGCAUGUGUAAAUAUUUAUUGGUAUUGAGUGGACUUCUUUUGAACGCAAUGAGCAGUUGCAAUUUGCUGUA